AAAACUAGUAAAUGCAAUUUUUUAUAAAUGAAUCCAGUUUAUGGUUCUGAUUUUUUUAUCAGAGGCAGAGUUAUUAUUUUAGCGUUAUAUUUUUAUAACGUAUAAAAAAAAAAAAAAAAAAAAAAACGCGACGAGGAUUAUUGAGCAAUCAAUAAUUAUUAUUUCCAAGUUAUAACUGACUUAGCAAAGUCAUGUUAUUUAUUAAUCGAGAAACAGAAGCAGUUAUAUUUUAUUAGUGCUACUAGAAGUCGAGAAAUUAUUCCGACUGCAACGCAAAUUCAAUCUACGGAUUUAAUCUAGAUUCAUAUUACUGUAUUAGCAUCACCAAGGCAUGAGGAUAUAAUUCAUUUAUUCAUCAAUCUCAUUCUCAUACUUUACAAACUCUUAUAACCAAUUACAGUUUCACCUAUCAAUGCUAUGAAGUAGAUACAUGAAUAUGCUAGACAUAUAUGUAAGCAUACAAUCAUCAUUAUUUUUUUUUCCACUCCCUAAUGUCUCCUACACUAUACACGCAUAAUCUCCACUUCUCCACUCCACCAACUAUCUCCACCACCUUUUGCUUUCUUCCACUACAUUUUUUCUCACCACCCUUUCCACUCCACUAAUUCCACUACACCAAACUUUCCACCUACUCCCUUCCCCACCACACGCAAGAAUGCAUCUAACAUUCCAUUAUACAGGCAACAAUCUUUUCAUCAUCUUCAUUCUUCACUAAGGAACCGAAGAGCAGCCACGAGUUCUGCCAUAAGCACACUGCUCCGGCAGUGUUUUGCAAGGCGAUUCCAGCCAUCCAAAAGGUCCGGGCGACAGAAAGUGAAGCCGAAGCAGAAACGACUCCACGCCAGCUUUAAGAACAAUUGAGAAUGCCGCCUAAGAGAGGACGUCCUGCGAGAAACAAUAACCAUCGCAGAAACCGUAACGCUGUACCCGAAGAACCACAAGAUGCUCGAGGACAUAACCCAUCCCCUCCGCCCCCAACUAGGAGAGUCGAAGAACUCUUUUUAAGGCAAAAUCCACCUACGUUUGACGGAACGAGUGAACCGGCUGAAGCUGAGAUUUGGGUGCGUGCAAUGGAACGCAUUUUCAACUUCCUACGUUGUACUGAUGAGGAGCGCCUAUCUUGCGUCUCGUUCCAACUAACAGGAUCAGCUGACUUCUGGUGGGAAGCACGACGAAAAAUCCUGACACCGGAACAAUGGGCAAUCUAUACUUGGGAAGAUUUUAAGACGGGAUUAUAUGAUAAAUAUAUCCCGAAAAGCUAUAGGAAGAAGAAAGAAGCUGAGUUCUACGAGUUAAAGCAAGGAAAGAAAUCUGUGGUUGAAUACGACAAGGAAUUCUGCAACCUGUCGAGGUUUGCUCCACAACAAGUGGACACAGAUGAGAAGAUGGCAGAGAAAUUUUGUGCCGGACUGCGGUACGAAAUUAAGAUGGCUCUAGCAAGCCACGGAGGACUCUCAUACACGGAGUCUCUGAACAGGGCACUUGACAUUGAAGCUGCAAUGCCGUCAGACAAGUCAGCCCCACCGUUGAUCUCAACGCCAAAUGAUCAACCAGUAGCCUCACAUACUCUCAAAGGGAAGCGCAAGUGGGACAACAACGAAGACAAUAUCAAUCAGACUAGUAAGAAAGUGUGGCAAGAAAAGGAACGGGCCGAACAGUUUAUUCAACCAAGGUACGAGGCACAGACUAACGGGGAUAGCCAAGGUCAGAGAAGAAUUUCACCUUGCCCAAAUUGCGGUAAGAUGCAUAGGAGUGUUUGUCGAGCUGGAACUAACGGUUGUUACAAUUGUGGCCAAAAAGGUCACUACUUCACGCAAUGCCCUAACAAACAACGAGGUUCAACAAUUGAGAACACCCACACCCCCUUGCCAGCAAUACGUGGACACUUGCGAAAUCAGCCUCAAUCACAUCAGUGAAAAUCUUAUGGAGACACCGCAGACAAGAGAAGCUACGCGGGAACUUGAAGACAAGAUGAAGGAAAAAUACCCCGAACUGUUUUAGCAGAGAUAUGCAAAUUUCGGGACGAAAUUUUUGUUAAGAGGGGUAGUAUGUAGUAGCUCGCUCUUUUAUUUAUGAUAAAAACUAGUAAAUGCAAUUUUUUAUAAAUGAAUCCAGUUUAUGGUUCUGAUUUUUUUAUCAGAGGCAGAGUUAUUAUUUUAGCGUUAUAUUUUUAUAACGUAUGAAAAAAAAAAAAAAAAAAAAAAACGCGACGAGGAUUAUUGAGCAAUCAAUAAUUAUUAUUUCCAAGUUAUAACUGACUUAGCAAAGUCAUGUUAUUUAUUAAUCGAGAAACAGAAGCAGUUAUAUUUUAUUAGUGCUACUAGAAGUCGAGAAAUUAUUCCGACUGCAACGCAAAUUCAAUCUACGGAUUUAAUCUAGAUUCAUAUUACUGUAUUAGCAUCACCAAGGCAUGAGGAUAUAAUUCAUUUAUUCAUCAAUCUCAUUCUCAUACUUUACAAACUCUUAUAACCAAUUACAGUUUCACCUAUCAAUGCUAUGAAGUAGAUACAUGAAUAUGCUAGACAUAUAUGUAAGCAUACAAUCAUCAUUAUUUUUUUUCCACUCCCUAAUGUCUCCUACACUAUACACGCAUAAUCUCCACUUCUCCACUCCACCAACUAUCUCCACCACCUUUUGCUUUCUUCCACUACAUUUUUUCUCACCACCCUUUCCACUCCACUAAUUCCACUACACCAAACUUUCCACCUACUCCCUUCCCCACCACACGCAAGAAUGCAUCUAACAUUCCAUUAUACAGGCAACAAUCUUUUCAUCAUCUUCAUUCUUCACUAAGGAACCGAAGAGCAGCCACGAGUUCUGCCAUAAGCACACUGCUCCGGCAGUGUUUUGCAAGGCGAUUCCAGCCAUCCAAAAGGUCCGGGCGACAGAAAGUGAAGCCGAAGCAGAAACGACUCCACGCCAGCUUUAAGAACAAUUGAGGUUGAGCUGUGAUGGGCGAUGAAGUGUUGUUGCUGAGUGGAGUUUUUGUCGAACUUAAAGUAGGCUCAGAAAGGGUACAUGUCUUCAUACAUGUAUCUCAGUUAUGCAUUCCGCUGUAAACACUGAUUAUUUCAGUUACGCCUUCCGUUGCAAACUCUGAUAAUGUUUUAGCCAAGCCCUAACGAUGCCUUUUUCCUUUUUAAGGAAUAUUUCACGCGUAUUCAA